AUGGAACUCCACUACCAAUCAAGCAGUCAGAUGGACGACGAAAUAUACGUUGUCACCCAGCAACUUCAGGAGUUACAAGAGUAUCUUGACACUCAAAAAGGGAAGGGUCGGGCCGAUGACAGUGAAGACUAUCUACAAGCAUAUCGCCAAGAGUUGAGAGCACAUCUAAGGUCACUGGAGGACAACAAGCUCGCCUGGAGCAUUGCUGUGGCAGUACGUUCCGACAGUCGUGUUAUUGCUGCUAUUACACGGGAAGAAGCUCAGGCAAGCGAUGAUCGACGUCUGGCAAUCAGAAUAAAUGAAAGAAACGAUGACUCGGACUCUUCAACAACUGAUGAUGAUGUGGAACAGCCUCAAGCAGCCACAGAGCCCCAGUCCAGUGACGAUGAGGGCGUCGCCGGUCCCUCAAUGACAUACACAGAAAGACAGGCCUUGGAAUUGGAGAAGCCCGCCGCCACGGAGACUCGGUGCUGCGUGUGCUACGAGAGUUUCUUCGCUCACAAGGUGAAGCAAUUGGACUGCAACCAUAAUUACUGUGACGAUUGUCUCAAAGAUGUCUUUCUAAGAGCGACGAAGGACUCAACUCUCUUCCCUCCACGAUGCUGCCGUAUACCGAUUCAUCUAGAAGCUGCCCAGGAGCAUCUGUCAGAGACUGAGAUUUCUGAUUUCAAGAGCGCGGAAAUUGAGUUCUCCACCACUGACCGCACUUAUUGCAGCAAUACCAGCUGCGGCAAGUUCAUACUACCUCAAAACAUCAUAGCCGGCCGUGCUGAGUGUCCUCACUGCAACCUGAAUACCUGUGCCAUGUGCAAAAAGGCUUUUCACAUCGAUGACUUACUCAAGGAUGGCAACGGUGCUUUCGUUGCAGGGCUCUCGUCGACCUGGGGUGCAAAUGUCGCGCUGAGUUUUGCUACCUCUGCGGUCUUCAAUGGAAGACAUGCGAAUGCGUUACUUGGGACGAGGGAAGACUACUCGCCAGAGCGGCAGAAGUUGUAG